AUGAGACAUGAGAAAACACCAGAAGAAAAAUUAAGAGAUGAAUUGUAUCAAUCAAAAACUUAUCAAGAAUGGGUGGGAAAAGUCAAAGAAUUAGAUAUAUUACUAAAGAACGAUGAAUGGAAAAAAGAUCGAGUAUCGCCAUAUUAUGAUUAUAACUUGAUACAAGUUAGAUUGGAUCAUCUUAGGGAGAGUAAUGAUGUGCUUCAAAUGAUCUAUAUAUUACGAUCAGAUUAUACAGAAGAAGUUGUAACUCAAUUAGAAUAUAUUGGGGAAAAUAACUUUGCUGAAUUACCUAAUUAUUCAAAAAUCGAAUUUUUUCACGAUACAAAACAAAGUUUUGGUAAUACAGCUCUAGUACUUUAUGGUGGAGCCACAUUUGGUUUAUGUCAUCUUGGAGUUGUGAAAGCUUUAAAUGAAAAAGGUUUAUUGCCUAGAAUUAUUAGCGGUACAACUGUAGGUGCAUUGAUUGCUGCUUUAGUUUGUAUUAGAACCGAUGAUGAAUUACCAAGUAUUUUUAAAGAGGGAGGUGUUGAUUUAGGCGCCUUUAGUAAACUUGGUAGUAAAGGAAAUAUCCGUAGAAAAAUUUCCAGGUUUUUAAAACAUGGACAUCUUAUGGAUAUUAAAGUUGUGGUAGAAUGUGUUAGAAGUAAUGUUGGAGAUUUAACUUUUGAAGAAGCAUUUGCUAGAACAAAAAGAAUAUUAAAUAUUACAGUGUCUUCUACCAGAAAAUUUGAAGUGCCUCAAUUAUUGAAUUAUUUAACAGCUCCUAAUGUUCUAAUAUGGAGCGCUGCAUGUGCAUCGGUUGCAAUGAUGGGGUUAUAUGAUAGUGUUGAUUUAUUAGCUAAAGAUAAAAACGGUAACAUUGUGCAUUGGGCCCCAUCAGAAAUUAAAUGGAAAAAAUGGACUGACGCGGUUCCGACGGAAAGUGAAUCACCAUUGACUAGGAUAACUGAAUUAUUUAAUGUCAACCAUUUCAUAGUAUCGCAAGCAAAUCCUUACAUUGUACCAUUUUUAACAAGAGAACAAACCAUUAAAUAUAGUUUAUUAGGUAAAAUUGGUUAUUUUAUCUCAACAGAAUUUAGACAUAGAUUAUAUCAGUUGGAACAAAUGAAACUUUUACCUAAAAUGUUUAGGGAAAUGGUCGAUGAAAAGGUUUCAGGAAAUGUUACAAUUGUUCCUUCUAUUUCCUUUGAUGAUUUUAAAAAAUUAUUUUCAAAUCCAUCUCAUUCUUCCUUGGAUUCUUGGAUAUUGAAAGGUGAACAAUCCACUUGGCCGCUACUAGCUCUAAUAAAGAAUCGUUGUAUCAUAGAAUUGGCUCUUGAUAGAGCACAAGCAGUUCAACUUGGAUUAGUUAAACCGAAAGAGCGUAGACCUUAUUUGGCAUCGGAUUGCAAUAAUUUAAAAGAUGCAGAAAAAUGGCGACAACAAAUAAUCAGAGAAAUUUCAAGGAAAUUAAUGAGAGAAAAAGGUCAUUGGGAAGAUCAAAUAAAGAAGCUUGGUGGACCAGAUUAUAGGAAAGUAGGACCAAAAAUGUUAGAUCAUGAAGGAAAAGAAGUGCCUGGGAAUAGAGGUUACAAAUAUUUUGGUCGGGCGAAAGAUUUACCAGGAGUGAGAGAAUUAUUUGAACAAGAUGCUCCCACACCAUCAAAACGCACACGAUUUGAUUUAUAUAAAAAUGUAGAUGCAGAUUAUUACGGAUAUAGAGACGAGGAGGAUGAGACGUUAUUAGAAUAUGAACGAGAAAAAGAAGAAAAUCUCAUUAAAGAAAUAUUACAAAAUCAAGAUAACACUGCUCAAAAAAAUAAAGAUAUAAGUUCAUCAGUAGAAGGAAUAAUGGAUGUGGAUGAUUUUUCAGAGAAGUACGUGUCACAUGUAGCAGUACCAUCUCAAAAAGACAUUGAAGAAUAUCUGGUACAGAGAAGGAAACGUCAAAUACUUGAUCGUUAUGUGCCAGAUGACGACAUUGGUGUUUAA